AUGCUUAAACUUUAUGAGAGUACGUCACUCACUGUAGGUGUCAUCUUAGGAUGUACAGUGUACCUGGCCGCCCUGCGAGAAACAUCCAAGUUUCAAUUUCCCCCCUUCAACUCUGAUGAUAAAGCUGGAGAACGGUUUGUCAUUACCCUCACCGCGCUCGGCCUCUCUGCGUCACCCACUUAGCAGUUCGUCACAUUUUCUGUAUAUAUAUACAUGGGCCAUCUCCGGAAUGGGGCAAAUAUCGGUUCAGCAAAUAAGAAUCUUUUUGAGGAGGGGCUUUGGUGUUUAUCGAGCUCGAGCUGGCUAUGGCGAUCAAGGAGUCGUCUUUUGAGAGUUCUGUAACAACUCCAGUGAGGGUCAGUGAGAUCACCGAAUGUGGUGAUGAGAACAAGAAUGCCAUGAGCUCUGCAUCAAUUCAGGAGCUACGGAGGAGAGGGGGUUUGAAGGAAGCCGUCGGAGAUGCGGAUGUGGUGGACUCCUCCGUGAAUUCGGUGGAGGCGGCUGAGGAUAGGAGUGAGAUCGUAAGCGUCGAUGGAGGGUUGGAGUCGCAGAGGAAAUCUGGGGAAGAGAGCGGUGAUAAGCAGGUUGCUGGUGGCGGAGGAAGCAGAGGAGCAGAUGAUGAUGCUACGUCGUUUCAGUACUCGUUUAAGGCUUCUUCAAAUGUUCACCGUCAGAUUAAGGAGAGUCCUCUCAGCUCCGACGCCAUUUUUAGACAGAGCCAUGCAGGUCUCGUCAAUCUGUGUAUUAUUGUGCUUGUUUCUGUAAACAGCAGGCUGAUAAUUGAGAAUCUAAUGAAGUAUGGGCUGUUAAUUAGGAUGGGCUGUUGGUUUAGUUCAAAAUCCUUGAGGGACUGGCCAGUUCUAAUGUGCGGCCUCAGUCUCGUGAUUUUUCCAAUUGCUGCUUUUCUUGUUGAAAAGCUUGUCCAGAGGAAGUACAUAACUGAUCUAGUUGCAGUCACUUCACAUAUACUAAUUACAACUGCUACCAUUGUAUAUCCGAUUCUUGUCAUUCUGUGGUGUGAUUCUGCUAUUAUAUCGGGUGUCGCAUUGAUGCUUUUGACUUGCACCGUAUGGCUAAAGUUGGUUUCUUAUGCUCAUACAAACUAUGAUAUGAGAGCACUCUCAAAGUCUUUUCAUGAGGUUGAAUCUUCUAACAUGGAUUGCCCUUAUGAGGUGAGCUUCAAAAGCUUAAUGUACUUCAUGGUUGCUCCAACACUAUGUUAUCAGUUGUGCUAUCCUCGCAAUUCUUGCAUUCGUAAGGGUUGGCUGGCAAACCAGUUUUUCAAGUUGAUAUUGUUUACAGGACUAAUGGGAUUUAUCAUAGAACAGUAUAUUAACCCAAUUGUGCAAAACUCACAACACCCCUUGAAAGGAAACCUUUUAAAUGCUGUAGAGAGGGUCUUGAAGCUUUCAGUUCCCAAUUUAUACGUCUGGCUCUGCAUGUUCUAUUGUUUCUUUCAUCUGUGGCUAAAUAUACUUGCAGAGCUCUUGCGGUUCGGUGAUCGUGAAUUUUACAAAGAUUGGUGGAAUGCCAGAACAAUCGAUGAGUACUGGAGAAUGUGGAAUAUGCCUGUUCACAAGUGGAUUGUUCGCCAUAUCUAUUUUCCCUGCAUAAGAAGUGGCGCACCAAAGGGAGUGGCGGUUUUGAUUUCCUUUUUCAUAUCUGCUUUUUUCCAUGAGCUCUGUAUAGCUGUACCCUGUCGGAUGUUCAAGUGUUGGGCAUUCAUCGGAAUAAUGUUCCAGGUUCCGCUGGUCAUCCUGACUAACUUCUUGCACAACAAGUAUAGGAGUUCAGUGGUGGGAAAUAUGAUAUUUUGGUGCUUCUUCAGCAUCUUUGGGCAGCCCAUGUGUGUGCUGCUUUAUUAUCAUGACCUGAUGAACAGAAUGCAGGGAAAAUAGUAGAGUUUUUUUCAGCUAGGCAUUGUAGAUUAGUUAGCCUUUUUUACAUUAUUUUUUUUGCAAAUUAACCCUCUAUGUACUAUGCUUAGCAUAUGAGGGUUUCUGUUGUUCCAUCUUAUGUACAUUGGCUCACCAUAGUGGGUGUUUUGUAUUUUGGCUCACAAUAUGUGGGCAGUCGGUCGGUGCUUUAGCUCGUGUAAUUAUAUAAAUAUGUUGUGCAUGGCUAGUUAGACGCAGUGGUGCAUACAAAAAGAAGAUGGUCGGA